AUGGCGGGCCCGGAGGCCGCGGCCGCCGGCGCCUGCGCCGCGCGCGCGCGCGCGGUCGCCUGCGUACCCGGCGUUGCGGACACGGACCUGAAGAUCAUCGGCUACACGACCGCCGAGUACGUCAAGGCCAAGGGCGGGUCGCGGAUCAUCCGCAAGGUGCUCAUCGCGAACAACGGCAUGGCGGCUACCAAGUCGAUCAUGUCCAUGCGGCGCUGGGCCUACCUCGAGCUCGGCGACGAGAAGGCCAUCUCCUUCGUCGUCAUGGCGACGCCCGAGGACCUCAACGCGAACGCGGAAUUCGUGCGCCUCGCGGACGAGUACGUCGAGGUGCCCGGCGGCUCCAACGCGAACAACUACGCCAACGUCAAGCUCAUCGUCGACGUCGCCGGCCGCAGCGGCGUCGACGCCGUCUGGCCCGGCUGGGGCCACGCGUCCGAGAAUCCGAAGCUCCCCCGCGCCUUGAAGGCGGCGAACAUCGCGUUCAUGGGCCCGCCCGCGCCCGUCAUGUCCGUCCUCGGCGACAAGAUCGCCGCGAACAUCCUCGCCCAGACGGCCAAGGUGCCCUCCAUCCCCUGGAGCGGCUCCUACGGCAACCCCGGCGACGACGGCCCGCUCCAGGCGCGGCUCCAGGACGACGGCACGAUCCCGCAGGACACCUUCGAUGCCGCCUGCGUGACCACCGCCGACGAGGCCCUCGCCGCCGCGGAGCGCGUGGGCUACCCCGUCAUGCUCAAGGCCUCCGAGGGCGGCGGCGGCAAGGGCAUCCGCAUGAACAAGGACGCCACGGAGCUCGCGGCGAACUUUCCGUCCGUCGAGGCCGAGGUGCCCGGCUCGCCCAUCUUCAUCAUGCAGCUCAUGACGGGCGCGCGCCACCUCGAGGUCCAGGUCGUCGGCGACGAGCACGGCAACGCCGUCGCGCUCAACGGCCGCGACUGCUCGACGCAGCGCCGCUUCCAGAAGAUCUUCGAGGAGGGUCCGCCGACGAAGCCGUCCGGCGGCAUCGCCCAGCCCGACAUCUUCGCCGACAUGGAGCUCAAGGCCAAGAAGCUCGUCCAGAACAUCGGCUACGUCGGCGCGGGCACGGUCGAGUACUUGUACGACGCGAAGACGGACGAGUACUUCUUCCUCGAGCUCAACCCGCGGCUCCAGGUCGAGCACCCCGUCACGGAGGGCGUCACGGGCGUCAACCUGCCGGCGACGCAGCUCCAGGUCGCCAUGGGCAUCCCGUUGCCCAACAUGCCCGAGAUCCGCCGCCUCUACGGCCUCGCGCACGACGACGAGGCCACGACGCUCGACCUCGACGACCCGGACACCAAGUACGAGCUGCCCGAGCGCCACGUGCUCGCGGCGCGCAUCACGGCGGAGAACCCCGACGAAGGGUUUAAGCCGACGUCCGGCAAGAUCGAGCGCGUGUCGUUCCAGUCGACGCCGAACGUCUGGGGCUACUUCUCCGUCGGCGCGAACGGCGGCGUCCACGAGUUCGCCGACUCCCAGUUCGGCCACCUCUUCGCCACGGCGACGAACCGCGAGGACGCGCGCAAGGCCAUGGUCCUCGCGCUCAAGGAGCUCACGGUCCGCGGCGAGAUCCGCAACCCCGUCGAGUACCUCGUGUCGCUCCUCGAGACGGACGACUUCAAGGCCAACAACAUCGACACGUCCUGGCUCGACGGCAUCCUGGCCGCCAAGUCCAUCAACAACAAGGUCGACGACGCCGUCGUGGUGGCGUCCGCGGCCGUGUUCCGCGCGCACGAGACGUGCAAGGCCGCGCGCGCCGAGUUCGAGGCCGCGCUCGCGCGGGGCCAGUUCUCCACGGCGGCCCUCGACGCGCUGGACGACUUCGACGUCGACAUCGUCGUCUCCGACGUCAAGUACGUCGUCAACGUGAAGCGCACGGGCGCGUCGUCGUUCUCGCUGAGCACGAACGGCGGCGCGGCCUUCGCGGCCAAAGUCCGCGAGCAGCCCGACGGCACGCUCCUGGCCAACUUCGGCGGCGUGUCGCGCAAGCUCGCGGGCCUCGAGGAGCCCCUGGGCCUGCGCAUGGUCGUCGACGGCGCGACGGUCUUCGUGCCCCAGGCCUUCGACCCGUCCGAGGUCCGGUCGGACGUCACGGGUAAAAUCGUGCGCUGGCUCAAGGACGACGGCGACGGCGUCGCCAAGGGCGAGACCUUCGCCGAGGUCGAGGCCAUGAAGAUGAUCAUGCCGCUCAAGGCCGCCGACGCGGGCAAGAUCUCGACGGCCGUCGCCGCGGGGUCCGUCAUCGAGACGGGCGACCUCUUGGCGAACCUGGAAUUGGACGACCCGUCGAAGGCGCGGUCCAUCUCCUUGUUCGAGGGCACGCAGCUCGACCUGCCGGGGCUCGCGGCGACGGGCGACGCGGCGACGGACGCGCUCCGCGCCUACGAGGCGUCCGUCGACACGCUCUCCAAGGCCAUGGACGGCUACGACGCCUUGCAGGGGUCGUCGGCGGAGGCGGCCGUCGGCGUCUUCGUCGACGCGUUAAGGGCGACGGGCGUCUUCAAGCUCCAGAUCCGCGACCGCGCGGGCGCCAUCGGCCAGAAGAUGCCCGCGGACUUGGACGCGACGCUCGCGGCCGUCGACGACGGCUUCGACGCCGCGGACCUGACGGCCGCGCUCGCCGCGUACGACGAGCCCGCGCUCGCGCCGCUCGCGGAUUUGGCCGCGGUCUGGGCCGGCGGCCCCAAGGGCGUCGCCGUCGACGCCGUGGCGUCGCUCCUCGAGCAGUUCCUCGCCGUCGAGGAGCGCUUCGUGGGCCGCGCGGACGAGGACACGGCGAUCCGCGAGAUCGUCAAGGGCGAGUCCGGCGACGCCGCGGCGUCGCUGCUCCUCGCGCACGCGAAGCUCGGGUCCCGCGCGACGCUCGUCAACUCCGUGCUCCGCGCGUUACCCAAGCUCAACGCGCUCGACGGCGACGCGGCGAACGCGGCGCUGAAGCUGAGCGCGCAGCUCGAGCGCGUCGCCGCGCUGGAGACGGUCGGCCCGGCCUACGCGGGCGUCGCGCUCGCGGCGGGCGUGUCGCGCCUCGAGGCGAACGUGCCGCCCUUCGAGGCGCGCGUCGACAUGAUGAAGGCCGACCUCAAGCAGGCUUUGAAGGACGGCGCGCUCUCGGCGUUCGCGAAGAACCCGAAGCUCGGGUCCUUCGACCGCGGCGUCGACGUGCUCACGGAGCUCUUCUCCGACGCCGACGCGGACGUCGCGGCGGCCGCCGCCGAGGUCUACGUGAAGCGCAUGUACAGCGGCCACGACAUCCUCGCCAUGGACGUCGGCGCGAACGCGGCGGGCGCGCUCGAGGCGCGCUGGUGGUACAAGUUCCGGUCCGAGGACCGCGACGCCGCGCCGCUCCGCUUCGGCAAGCUCGUGCUCUUCGACGACGCCGACGCGGCCUGCGGCGGCAUGCCCGGCGUGCUCGACUCCUACACGGCGGACCUCAAGGAGGGGCUCGCGGCGCACGCGGCCUGGGCCGCGGCGAACGACGACACGACGGACCUCAACACGCUCCACGUCAUGCUCAAGUCGUCGGAAGCCGACAAGGACGACGCGUCGCUGAUCGCCCAGGUCGAGGCGUCCCUGGAGCAGGUGCAGUCGCAGGUCGGCGCGACCUUGUUACGUUCGGUCAACAUCCUCGCGACGGACGCGCCGCUCUACCCGCGCUACUUCACCUUCGUGAACCCGGCGUGCUCCGGCGGCGCGCCGGGCGCGUUCAAGGAGGACCCCAUGCGCCGCGGCAUGCGCCCGACCUUCUACCACCUGCUGGAGCUCGGCACCGUCGAGAAGAACUUCAAGAUGACGCCCGUGCAGACCGUGAACCGCGACCUGCGCAUCUACAUCGGCGACGACCGCGCGGCCAAGGUGCCGAAAUUGGCCGCCCAGUCCGUCUUCGUGCGCCGCGUGUCCCAUUCCACCGAUUUGGCCGACGGCGGCGCCGCGCGGCUGCUCGACAAGGCGCUCGACGCGCUCGACAUGGUCAUGCUCGACUCGCGCGUGAAACCGACGGCUUCCGGCCGCAUCUUCAUCAACGUCAUCCCCGAGGUCGUCAAGGACGACGGCUCGCCCAUGGACGUCGCGCGCCUCGAGCAGGUCUUCAAGCAGGUCGUCGGCGAGCUCCUCGCGUCGCGCGCGCGGCGCUUGCUCGCGGCGCGCGUCGACGAGAUCGAGAUCAAGUUCGCGAGCCGCGAGUCCGAGUCCAAGGUCGUCUCCGCGCGCUGCGUCGCGACGUCGGCCGAGGGCCCCUGGCUCCAGCUCCGCACCUACAUCGAGAAGACGGACCCGGUGACGGGCGUCGCCACGGCCUACUGCGACCUCGACGGCUCGUCGUGCGUCGUCGACCCCUACCCGGCGGCCGACGCCGUCGGCAAGAAGCGCGCGAACGCGCGCCGCGUCGGCACGACCUACGUCUACGACUUCGUCGGGCUCCUGGCGACGGCGCAGCUCGACGCGUGGAAGUCGCGGGCCGACGACGUCAAGGAGCUGACGGGCGCGGACCUCGAGAUCCCGGACAUCUCGUCCAUCGUCGAGGCCAAGGAGCUGCUCCUCGACGAUGCGGCGGAGCACGGCGUCUCGACGGCGUCGACGCGCCCCGUGGGCACGAACGACGUCGGCAUGGUCGGCUGGACCUGCGCGUUCAAGACGCCCGAGUACCCGGAGGGCCGCGAGGUCGUCAUCGUCGCCAACGACGUCACGUACCAGUCGGGGUCCUUCGGCGUGUCCGAGGACGACUUCUUCUACAAGGUCACGCGGUACGCGGCGUCGCGCGGCGUGCCCCGGCUCUACAUCUCGUCGAACUCGGGCGCGCGCAUCGGCCUCGUCGAGGCGCUCAAGCCCCUCGUGGGCAUCAAGUGGGUCGGCGACGACCCGUCCAAGGGCCUCGAGUACCUCUACGUGUCCGAGGCGGACCUCAAGUCGCUGCCCGAGGGCUCCGUCGACGCGAAGCCGGCGAACGCCGCGGGCCACUGCGAGCUCGAGGCCAUCAUCGGCGCCGGCGACCAGGUGCCCGACGGCAUCGGCGUCGAGAAUUUGGCGGGCUCGGGCCUCAUCGCGGGCGUCACGAGCCGCGCGUACGAGGAGACGUUCACGCUCUCCUACGUCUCGGGCCGGUCCGUGGGCAUCGGCGCGUACCUCAACCGCCUCGGCCAGCGCAUCAUCCAGAUGAAGCGGGGUCCCAUGAUCCUCACGGGCUUCCAGGCGCUCAACAAGUUGUUGGGCAAGAAGGUCUACACGUCGCAGGACCAGCUCGGCGGGCCCCAGGUCAUGGUGCCCAACGGCGUCACGCACUUGUCCGUCGACGACGACUACGAGGGCUGCCAGGCCAUCGUCAACUGGCUCUCCUACGUGCCCGAGACGGCGUCGAGCCCGCCGUCGCAGCUCGCCGUCGCCGACCCCGUGGACCGCAAGGUCACCGCGCGGCCGCCGGCCGACGGCACGCCCUACGACGUCCGCGAGAUCCUCGACAACGCCGAGGGCACGGGCCUCUUCGACAAGGGGUCCUUCACGGAGACCCUCGCGGGCUGGGGCAAGACGGUCGUCGCGGGCCGCGCGAAGCUCGGCGGCAUCCCCUUUGGGGUCAUCUCCGUGGAGACGCGCACGGUCGAGGCCGUCGUGCCCGCGGACCCGGCGAACCCGGACUCGCGCGAGGCCGUCAAGCCCCAGGCGGGCCAGGUCUGGUACCCCGACAGCGCGCACAAGACGGCGACGGCCAUCGCGGACUUCAACCGCGGCGAGCGGCUGCCCCUGCUGGUCCUCGCGAACUGGCGCGGCUUCUCCGGCGGGACGCGCGACAUGUACGACGAGGUCCUCAAGUUCGGCGCGAAGAUCGUCGACGAGCUCACCAAGUACGACAUGCCCGUCUUCGUCUACAUCCCGCCGAAGGCCGAGCUCCGCGGCGGCGCCUGGGUCGUCAUCGACCCCUCCAUCAACAGCGACGUCAUGGAGAUGUACGCGGACCCCGAGGCGCGCGGCGGGAUCCUCGGCCGGAGACAGCUCAUCGAGCUCGACGCGGACCCGGCGGGCAACGCCGACGCCAUCGCCGCGCGCGAGGCCAAGCUCGCGCCCCUCUACCAGCAGGUCGCCGUCGAGUUCGCGGAUCUGCACGACCGCGCGGGCCGCAUGAAGGCCAAGGGCGUCAUCCGCGACGUCGUCGCCUGGGAGGGCGCGCGGUCCUACUUCUACGCGCGCGCGGCGCGCCGCCUCGCCGUCGACGCCGUGGCCAAGGCCAUGGUCGCCUCCGGCGGCGCGGCGACCCUCGCCGACGCCGCGGCGACCGUCGAGGCGACGGUGCGGGCCGACUGGGCCGACGACGGCGCGGUGCUCGACUGGCUCCGGUCCAACGAGGCCGCCGUCGCGGCCCUCCUCGCGGAGAGCGAGAAGGCCGGCGUCGUCGCCAAGCUCAAGGCCCUCUUCCAGGGCCGCGACGACGCCGAGGCCCUCGUGGCCGCCGCGAUGGCGUGA